CACGGAUGACUGAUGGCCGUCAAUCAAAUGAGAAUUUCUGGAACAUUUGUCCUUGUCAACUGGAGCCACACCUAUUAGUACUUUCUUAGUAUCACCACCACUAGUGUCAAUCUUCUCCUUCGCCGUGGUUAAACGUGGGCUCAGUCAUUUAAGUCCAGUAGGCUUGAGACUGGACUGCACUACGUUAACUACAGGUUGGUUUGACGAUCCAGCGGUUGACCAGAUCCUCUCAGAUUUUUUUAAAAGAGUACAGACCUAUCAGUAGCGUCGAGACGUCGUAGUGCCGUGCAUUUGUUUCAGAAACGUUACGUAAACAUCACCUUCUACUUUCUAUUGAUUACAAGGAUGGUUGCGAUGAAAACGUAUCUGAUUCUCCUUGCCACUACCUGCUCGUGCAGUACGCACAUGCCCACGGUCGUCUGCUCGUGCCCCCCGCGCGCAACACCCUUUGGAGAGAAAACACGAAGGCGCCAGUGAUGCACACCGACAAUCAACUCAACUGCGGAGGCUGGGCGCGACAACACGAGACGAACAAGGGCAGAUGCGGCGUUUGCGGAGAUGCGUACGACGAUGUGAAGCCGCUUUUUAUACCUCCCAGUGGAACCUUCGCCACGGGAAUCGUGGGCCGUUGCUACCUGGCGGGAACACGCUACCUCAGCGCCACCGUGCAACUCACCUCCAGCCAUCUCGGCUACUUCGACUUUCGCCUGUGCGUCAACAACGACUUUCAAAAGCCGGUAACCCAAGAUUGUCUGGAUAAGACUGUCCUUCAGAUUGAAGACCCUGAUGGUGUCCGGAUAGGUACGCAGUACAACAUCACAAACUUCAGACCCAUUACCCUGGAGCUUCAAGUGCUAUUGCCACCUGGCAUAAGAUGCACCCAGUGUGUCCUCCAAUGGCGUUAUGUUGCUGGCAAUAACUGGGGAUGUGAAGGCAGUGGUCAGAAGAAACGUUGUGGUCUAGGGCUAGGCCCACAAGAAACCUUUGUCAAUUGUGCCGACAUUGCCAUUCUUGAAAGCUGCACAUAUUAAGCAGAGCGGUAGCACCAGCAAAGUGCAGAAAGCUUUCAAGCAUGGUGCUGAUGUCAACAAGUGGACUAAGAUGGAUCAAUCUGAUCACUGGAUGCAAUGUUAAAUGUCGUUACAACUUUUACCUCAAAUUGCUGUACAGUGGAUAUGAUGCAUGACAAAUACCACAAUGACCUCAUUUUAAUACUUUAAAAGUUCAGCUAACAGCAUUAUUGUCUUGCUGAAUGUUCCACUAGGGAUGAUACUGUAAUCUUGACUGUAUCAGUUAAGAAUUACCAAUACCUCUACAUCUUCAGACUGCAUAAAAGUAAAAAUAUUCAUUCUGUCCUAAUCUGUCUGGAUUCAGGUAUACGUGCAUGGAGAAAUAGUAAUUACAAAACAUAGCAUUUUGGAUAUCAAAGUUAUGUAAAGUUUUCUCAUUGUUGUUGUUUAUUGUAUUUGUUUUUGUCUUUACACUUACAAAACUAAAUGUUUUCCAAAAUUAUUUUUACCACUGUACAUGAUCAAUGGAUAAGAGAGAUUAUUCAACAUAUUGAGCUAUUCAAAGAUUGUUGUCAAAAUGAUUAAUAGCUUUAUACAUUCAAGAUCAGCUGUAGUAGAUACUCAAGGUAAAUAAAAAAUUAAAGUGAUAAAAUGAA